AUGCGCAGCUCCUUUGCUCUUCGCAGCAUCGCUGCGGACAUUGCUGAUGGAUAUGACAAGGGUCUUCACGUCUUCCCCAGGCUGCUCGUCGUGCUGAUCCUGCUCUUGGACAAGCCCCGCUUGACCGUGGAGGCUUUCUUGGUAUACCUGGAGCGCAUCCAGAGGACAACAACUUACCCAACGCAUCCAGAGGACAACAACUUACCCAACGCAUCCAGAGGACAACAACUUACCCAACGCAUCCAGAGGACAACAACUUACCCAGCGCAUCCAGAGGACAACAACUUACCCAGCGCAUCCAGGGGACAACAACUUACCCAGCGCAUCCAGAGGACAACAACUUACCCAGCGCAUCCAGAGGACAACAACUUACCCAGCGCAUCCAGAGGACAACAACUUACCCAGCGCAUCCAGAGGACAACAACUUACCCAGCGCAUCCAGAGGACAACAACUUACCCAACACAUCCAGAGGACAACAACUUACCCAGCGCAUCCAGAGGACAACAACUUACCCAGCGCAUCCAGAGGACAACAACUUACCCAGCGCAUCCAGAGGACAACAACUUACCCAGCGCAUCCAGAGGACAACAACUUACCCAGCGCAUCCAGAGGACAACAACUUACCCAGCGCAUCCAGAGGACAACAACUUACCCAGCGCAUCCAGAGGACAACAACUUACCCAGCGCAUCCAGAGGACAACAACUUACCCAGCGCAUCCAGAGUACAACAACUUACCCAGCGCAUCCAGAGGACAACAACUUACCCAACACAUCCAGGGAACAACAACUUACCCAACGCAUCCAGGGGACAACAACUUACCCAGCGCAUCCAGAGGACAACAACUUACCCAACACAUCCAGAGGACACCAACUUACCCAGCGCAUCCAGAGGACAACAACUUACCCAACACAUCCAGAGGACAACAACUUACACAGCGCAUCCAGAGGACAACAACUUACACAGCGCAUCCAGAGGACAACAACUUACACAGCGCAUCCAGAGGACAACAACUUACCCAGGGGACAACAACUUACCCAACGCAUCCAGGGGACAACAACUUACCCAGCGCAUCCAGAGGACAACAACUUACCCAACACAUCCAGAGGACACCAACUUACCCAACGCAUCCAGAGGACAACAACUUACCCAGCGCAUCCAGAGGACAACAACUUACCCAGCGCAUCCAGAGGACAACAACUUACCCAGCGCAUCCAGAGGACAACAACUUACCCAGCGCAUCCAGGGGACAACAACUUACCCAGCGCAUCCAGAGGACAACAACUUACCCAGCGCAUCCAGAGGACAACAACUUACCCAGCGCAUCCAGAGGACAACAACUUACCCAACACAUCCAGAGGACAACAACUUACCCAGCGCAUCCAGAGGACAACAACUUACCCAGCGCAUCCAAAGGACAACAACUUACCCAGCGCAUCCAGAGGACAACAACUUACCCAGCGCAUCCAGAGGACAACAACUUACCCAGCGCAUCCAGAGGACAACAACUUACCCAGUGCAUCCAGAGGACAACAACUUACCCAGCGCAUCAAGAGGACAACAACUUACCCAGCGCAUCCAGAGGACAACAACUUACCCAACGCAUCCAGAGGACAACAACUUACCCAGCGCAUCCAGAGGACAACAACUUACCCAGCGCAUCCAGAGGACAACAACUUACCCAGCGCAUCCAGAGGACAACAACUUACCCAGCGCAUCCAGAGGACAACAACUUACCCAGCGCAUCCAAGUGUUUUCUGUGAUCUGGUUCCGUGUUGUCUCUGUUGGCGAAGGGGCAGUAGAGUUUCCGUGGCUUGUCAGGUAA